GGGGCCGGGCCCAGCCCCACCUCCGAAGCGCGGGAAGCCCCGCCCGCCCCCGCCUUCAAAACCGGACACUCGGACGCCCCGAGCCCCCAGGAGCAGCGGCAGAAGGAGCAGGAGCCAUGCCGGCGCCUUACACCAGGAUCUUGGGUCUUGGAGCAUCUUCACUCAGAUGCUGGUCUGCGGUCCCAAUCCGUCGGGCCCAUGCUCCCCGGGUGCUCCAUGGAGACCUUAGCAAACUUUCAGGACGAGUCCAAGAAUUUGUGGAGCACGGGGCAAGACUUUGCCAACCGGACAGCAUUCAUAUCUGUGAUGGGACGGAGAAGGAGAACAUCAAGAUCUUGAACCUGCUGGAGUCAGAAGGAGUCAUCAAGUCACUGACUAAAUAUGAGAACUGCUGGCUAGCCAAAACGGACCCUAAAGAUGUGGCCCGGGUAGAAAGCCGAACGGUUAUUGUAACGGAGAACCAAAGGGACACGGUGCCCAUCCCUGCCCAAGGGGUCAAAGGGCAACUGGGCAACUGGAUGAACCCCAAAAUGUUUCAGGAGGCUGUGGAUGAUCGCUUCCCGGGUUGCAUGAAAGGGCGCACCAUGUAUGUGAUCCCGUACAGCAUGGGUCCGAUCGGCUCUCCGCUCUCCAAGAUUGGCAUCCAGUUGACAGACUCUGCCUAUGUGGUUGCCAGCAUGCGCAUCAUGACCCGAAUGGGAGCUGCCGCUCUCCGCACUUUGGGAGAUGGGGAAUUUGUCAAGUGCCUCCAUUCUGUUGGGCGACCCUUGCCCCUAAGUGAAGAGUUGGUGAACAACUGGCCCUGUAACCCAGAAAAGACUUUAAUUGCACAUGUCCCCGAACGACGAGAGAUUGUCUCCUUUGGCAGCGGCUACGGAGGCAACUCCCUCCUGGGCAAAAAAUGCUUUGCGCUGCGCAUCGCCUCUUGCAUUGCCAAAGACGAAGGCUGGCUGGCCGAACACAUGCUGAUCCUGGGGCUCACAAAUCCAGAGGGGAAGAAGAAAUACGUGGCUGCAGCCUUCCCUAGCGCCUGCGGAAAAACCAACCUGGCAAUGAUGAACCCAACCCUGCCUGGCUGGAGGGUUGAGUGUGUGGGAGAUGACAUUGCUUGGAUGAAGUUUGACAAUGAUGGUGUUCUCCGGGCUAUCAACCCUGAGAAUGGUUUCUUUGGGGUGGCACCAGGAACCUCCACCAAAACCAACCCCAAUGCCAUGCACACCAUCCAGCGCAACACAAUGUUCACAAAUGUUGCUGAGACCAGCGAAGGGGGGGUCUACUGGGAAGGCAUUGACCAAAUGAUCCCUGCAGGAGUGACCAUCAGCACAUGGCAAGGCAAGCCCUGGAAGCCAGGUGAUCCGACGCCUGCAGCUCACCCCAACUCUCGCUUUUGCGCCCCGGCCCGCCAGUGCCCAAUCAUGGAUCCGGAUUGGGAAUCCCCUAAGGGUGUCCCUAUUGAUGCCAUCAUAUUUGGGGGCAGGAGACCCCAAGGUGUGCCGUUGGUGUAUGAGGCCUUCAAUUGGCGCCACGGAGUCUUUGUGGGCACUGCCAUGAGAUCAGAGUCCACUGCAGCUGCUGAACACAAAGGCAAAGUCAUCAUGCACGACCCCUUUGCCAUGCGUCCUUUCUUCGGUUACAACUUUGGCCGCUACCUCGAGCACUGGUUGAGCAUGGAGGAGCGGAAGGGGGCCCGACUUCCCAAGAUCUUCCAUGUCAACUGGUUCCGCAAGGAUGCUUCUGGGAACUUCUUGUGGCCUGGCUUUGGGGAGAACUCUCGGGUCCUCGACUGGAUCUUCCGCCGCGUCGACGGAGAAGAGAGUGCCAAGGAAACACCCAUCGGGUACAUCCCAAAGGAAGGUGCCUUAGACAUGUCGGGCCUAAGCAAGGUGGACUUUCAGGAGCUGUUCUCCCUGCCCAAAGAGUUUUGGGAACAAGAAGUGCGGGAAAUCCGACAGUACCUAACGGAACAAGUCCCCGACGACUUGCCCAAGGAAGUCAUGAAGGAACUGGAGGCCCUGGAGAGCCGGGUGAAGAAGAUGUGAGGGACCAGACAAUAAAAGAAAAAGGAACCAAAGACCACAUUCCCCUGUAUCCCUUGCAGGGAGAAGCAGGAGAAACUGGGAGCUUGUUUACAGACUUAUUCUUCCCCAAUUCCAACCAACUAAGCCAUUCUGGCCAUCAAGAGUCAACCAUCUUGUCUCCAUGGUCAUAAGGCAGCCAUCUUGUCUCCAGGAAACCCGAAUUGUCCGUUUUCUUUGUGUCUCUGUUUUCUUAGUACAUCAGUUUUAUUCCCUUUUUCUCUCACUGCUACCAUUCCUUGAUUUUAGGGUAACAAGACAAAAGCUGUCUGCUUUCUUGUUUUCAUCAGCUCGGUGUUGGUUGCCUUUGGAGUCUGCUUUUCUUGUCUGCAUAUCACUCUUGUAUCUUAGUAGUUUUUGUCUUUUCCUAGACAGCCUUUUAUUCCUUUUGCUGAGCAAGGUACAGUGGAAAGCUUUUGUGGGAAGGGACAACUCAGCCCAGCUCAGUGAGGAUUUUCCAGUUUUAAUACCAGAAAGUUAGUUCCAACAGUAAUGGAAGCUUUUCAUCAAUAGUCUUCAAACAAAGUGUAAUUUCCUUGGCAAAACUUUGUUUGGUACCUCAAAUUUAACUGAACAAUUAAAUGCUAAACUUUUAAAGUUCUGGACCUGUUGCUAAUCAUGGCAAUGACUGUAAUAUGGGAUGGGUCCUACUGUUUUAGAUAUCCUCUUUUCCUAGUUCUUCUGAACCAUAAGAAUGCAUAAUGUUGCCUUAUAUUGAAUCAGACCAUUGGUCUGUCUUAACCUGAAUGUCAUUGGGUCAUGAUGCCGUACCAUGAUAAUUUAUGGAGUGUUUUAUAGUGCCUAUCAAAAAUAUGGGUAUGCCUCCACUACCCUGAUGAAUGUUAUGGUUUAUAAAUUCUAUUAAUGUGAAAUAUGUUGACAAUUGUGAUGGAAAGCAAUGUAGGUCUUCAGAAGUUCACAAGAACCUUAUAAAAAGCACAUUAUGUUAAAUGAUAUCACCUUAUCCAACCAGAAUGAUUAACGACAGCUUGAAUUCUUCCUCAUUGUUUUCCAAUAGACAGUUCUUACUUCGAACAAUGUUUUUACACACUGCCUAAAAUGAUAGCGACUCGGCACAAGUUUGAUCGUUAAGAUGACUGCACCAUACUUUAUAAUAUCUAUACUCUAGUUUUAUUUCCACUACAAAAGUCACCCAAUAAGCAAAUGAAACUGUGUAGCUUCAAAUUGUUAUGUUUCACAACGUUCUGUUGUCCAUCUUGCCAAGCAGAUUCCCUUUGAAGACCAUGUGUUAAGGUGGUUUGAGGGACAUUAAUAACCCUAUCAAACCUGAUCAUCCAUCAAAAUCUGGCACAAUAUUAAGGUAUCGGGUCUAGAUUAGGUUGUCCCUAUGCAGAUCUUUCUUGAAUCAUAGUUGGAAAAAAACCUUGCAAUGUAGCCUUACCUACUUAACAAGACUAUUAUUAGGAAAGUAAAUGAGAUACAAAUGGUAACCAUCCAUCGUAUACCAACAGUGAAAUGAAAUUUAGUGAUUACUCUUCAUUUUAUAUUGGCAAAAUUAUGGUUCCCGCUUGCUUUAAAUUCAUUUGUAUCUCAAUCCAGCUAUAUGGUGUUUACCUAACCUAAUAGUACUGUAUCUACAACUCUAAUCUGCCCUAUCUCACUUUCCACUGCAAUACUAAAAAUCAUUUUUCUCUCUCAUAGAGUGUGACCUUAGUACUAUGAGAUCCUCUGGAUUGUUUUUGUGGCCUUUACCCUUUCCAAAUGUAUCAUGCCAUCCUUUUUGGUCAUACAAAUGGGUGAUAAAUGGUACUUCCCCUAGAUCAGUGGUUCUCAACCUGGGGUCCCCAGAUGUUUUUGGCCUUCAACUCCCAGAAACCCUAACAGCUGGUAAACUGGCUGUGAUUUCUGGGAGUUGUAGGCCAAAAACAUCUGGAGACCCCAGGUUGAGAACCACUGCCUGGAUGUAUAACCUGGUCUCCUUAUCCUCAGAUAUUCCAUUCAUGUGAAUAUAAGAAACCAUGGAUAAUAGCAAAGCCUACUGAAAUGUAGUACUUCCAACCCAAUAAUACCAUAAGAGUUGCACUGGAGGACCUAGAAAAUGCCCACAGAAGCCAUAUUUUGUUAAAAAUUAAAAAAUGGAACUGCAGGUACAUAAUCCUGCAGAUACUGUUGUACUGUAUAUCCCAGAUCCAAAUGUGUCCAGAUGAGGCAAUUAUCCAUUUCUCAAAAGCAGAAGUAGACUUCUGACCAGUUUCUGAUUUAUUGUAUUGCUUUCGGGCAUUUUUUGCAGUUGGUAGAGCUCCUGGAAUAGAUAAUUGCCACCUGGAUUUACCGUAGUUGCCCAUCCCUAAUACAGAAUAUCUAUGAAUGUUUCAUGACAUCACAGCAUUACAGCAAUAGAGAGGAUUGCAAAUACUAGCCAAUUUUAGCAUCUAUGUCUUAAGUUGCUGUUGGGAAGUGUGAUUUGCACAGCUUAACUUCUUCCCACUUAAUAAAAUAGUGAGUCUGUUACAGUUUCUCAGCAAACAUUGGCCAUCCACUAGUUAUCAGGUAUGAUGUCCUUUUUAAUGGUGCUCACUACUAUAAAUUUAGUACUUACCCAUCUUUAUGUGGACCUCAACCAAUAGGGUUAUCCCGUCCUCUGCUGUUUCAAGCCCAUGCUGGAAUGGAGUUUGCCUGCAUUUCAAGUAAUUAUGAAAUUUAAAGGGGCUUGGAGUUUCUUCCUCACCAACUUUGGCAGAAACUCAGGGUGGCGGGCAAUAUUCCAUUGUAUUCAGUGUAUUUUUAUGGUUUUGCUUAUUAUGGCGGUGUUUCAACCAGCUGCUGGGGAAAAAACAAAACAUGAAUUAGAUAUCUGACUGCAAUUUAAUUUGUGUUGUUUUUUGUAAAAAAAUAAAUAAAAUUAAAUGCAUACUAUUUUAUUAAUAAGAAACAUGAAUGAGAAUAAAAGUAUCAAGAAAAA